AUGGACCCUGCCAGGAUCCAGGCCAUCCGGGAUUGGCCAGCCCCCACCUUCCGCCGCCAACUACAAAGGUUCCUUGGCUUCGCCAAUUUUUAUGGCCGCCUAAUCAAGAGCUAUAGUUUAGUGGCGGCACUCCUCCACCACCUGAUGUCCUUCCUCCACUCAUUACUUUGGGGUCUCAAGGCUGAGAAGGUGUUUUUCGAGCUUAAGCAGCAAUUCACCAAGGCACCCAUUCUCAUCUUUCCCAACCAAGCCUGGAAAUUCGUAGUUAAGGUUGAUGCCUCCAACAUAGCGGUCUCCCAGCUGUACGUGUGUUCAGCUGCUGUGGUUCUUCUAACAGUGUGUGGAAAUCUGCUCGUCAUCAUCUCUGUUCUUCACUUCAAGCAGCUUCACACACCAUCUAACAUCCUCGUGUUCUCACUGGCUGUGUCGGAUUUCUUCAUCGGUGCUUUAGUGAUGCCUCUGAUGUUAAUCUGGAUUAUCGAGUCGUGCUGGAUUUUUGGGAGAAGUUUUUGCAUCAGUUUUUGGUUAAUUGGCAGUUUAGGUUUGGUCUUAUCCAUCUAUAAUAUCGCUCUGAUCUCUGUGGAUCGCUAUUUGGCUCUUUCAAACCCAUUUUUCUACACAGACACAAUCUCUACAAGUAUAAUGUGCACUGUGGAGAGAAAAGCAGCCAAAGUCCUCGGCAUUUUAGUGGCCGUGUUUCUGGCGUGUUUACUUCCGUAUUUUAUUUACAGUUUAUUAGGUGGCGUUAUUGAAAUACAGGCAGAAACUAUUUGUAAAUUAAUUCUCCUGAAUUAUAUUAGUUCCACCAUUAAUCCUUUUAUUUACGCUCUGUUUUAUCCGUGGUUUAGGAGGUGCAUUAAAUUAAUUAUAACUCUGCAGAUAUUCCAGACAGAUUCUGCAUUAAUCAAUGUUCUUUCAUAA